UUCCGGCCCACAGCUUUUUAUGCAUCAAAUGGUUCUUUGCUUAUCAUCAUUGUCCAUUUACUCUGAGUAGCAAAAUCGGCUAACUCUACAAUGUCCAACAAGCUAGAAGGUAAAAUAGCCAUAAUCACCGGUGGAGCUAGCGGCAUUGGAGAAGCCGCCGCUCAUCAUUUCGCUGCCCAUGGUGCUCAAAUGAUCGUGAUUGCUGACAUCCAAGAUGAAUUAGGCCAAAAGGUAGUCGAAUCGAUCGGUUCCCAUAAGUGCUCAUUCAUGCACUGCGAUGUUACCGAUGAAGAGCAAGUAAAGAACUUAGUUCAAUCGACGGUCCAAAACUAUGGGCGGCUUGAUAUCAUGUUCGGUAACGCUGGGAUAUUUAGCAGCUCCACUCAAACCGUCCUUGAACUGGACUUAGCACAGUUUGACCGCCUCUUCAACAUAAAUGUCCGUGGCAUGGCUGCCUGCGUGAAACACGCUGCACGAGCCAUGGUGGAACUGAAUGUGAGAGGAAGUAUCGUUUGUACGGCGAGCGUCGCAUCUAGCACCGCUGGUGAAAUGAACACGGACUAUUUCAUUACAAAGCAUGCAGUGCUUGGGUUGAUGAGAUCGGCAAGCAAACAGCUUGGGGUGCAUGGGAUUAGGGUGAACAGUGUGUCUCCGUCUGCUGUGGGAACCCCGUUACUCUGUGGGUACUUCGGGAAGGAGGUGGAGGAAGUGGAGCAGACCUAUGAACCCUACACUCGGUUGAAAGGGGUGGUGCUGAAAAUGAAGCAUGUUGCUGAUGCCGUGCUGUUUCUUGCGUCGCAGGAUUCUGAGCUUAUUACCGGGCAUGACUUGGUGGUGGAUGCUGGUUAUCAUCUAGUCUACUAGACACCAGGUGUUCGAUUAUUUGGCGCAGUGAGCUAGGGCCAGCCACUUGAUGUUUGAUUGGUGAUAGCUCAAACAUGGCCAGCAGCCUCUCAAUAUUAUGCACCUUCGAAUUUGAUUAUGUUUUAAUGUUUUCAUAUAAAUAAAAGGUUUUUGUAUUUUAUACAUUUUAAUGCAUCAUAUAUAGUGAGACUUCUUUAAUUGUA